AGAACAUGAUAUCCGAGAUCAGCGAUGGCAUUAAAGAUACUAAAGUCAAACCUGGCAUUAUCGGUGAAGUUGGAACUUCGUGGCCGUUUACUGAUUUUGAAAAACGUAGUCUCCAGGCCGCUGCCGAAGCGCAAAUUCAAACCCAGACCCCCGUUAUGCUCCACCCUGCCGAGAACUCCAAGGCACCUUUUGAAGUGUUACGCCUGUUCCAAGAAGCGGGCGGAGAUGCUAAACGCAGCGUCAUGAUUAUGCGUUUCCAAACGACGAGCAAGUUAUCGAGUUUGCUGACAUGGGUACGUACUUGGAAUAUGACUUCUUUGGUUCCGAGAUUUCUUAUUUAAUUCCGCGUAUGUCAGAUCUUCAACGCAUUGAAAAGAUUAUAAAACUGAUCGAUCAUGGUUAUGUAGACAAAAUAUUGAUAUCGCAUCACAUACACGCCUGUCAUAGUCUAACCAAAUAUGGGGGGAUAGGGUUUUCGCAUAUUCUUGAUUACACAGUGCCGAAAAUGCUGGAAUUAGGUAUCACUCAAGCCGACAUUGACAAAAUGUUAAUAUCAAAUCCCCAAGCUUGGUUGACCUACUAUUGAUGGAACUAUACGAUAUAUAUGUGCAUGUAUACAUAUGUUAUAUUACGUGAAGUAUAAACGGACAUGUGUCAGUGGGUAUAAGGCUGUGUGUUUGUAAAUCAUUGUAUUUCAUUUUGAAUCUAAAUCUCAGUUCAAUGAAAAUGGUAUCCUUUUUAUUGUACCAUUAUCUGUUUAUUGUGUUACGCGAGGAACGGGAUCGUUACAAGUUAUAAAAUUAGUUAAUUACGGUUCUAAUAUUUUUUUCAAGUUCGUUUUCUACUACCGGUUGUGUUUCGUCCGAAAUAUAGCGUUGGUAUGUUUAUGUAAAUAGCAUAAUUCGCG